UCCGCGGCAGAUUCGUCGUGAUCAGCCCGCUGGGCAGGCCUCGGAGGCUCGAGAAUCUCAGCGGCGGCUCUGCCAGCGCGCGGGGAGCUCGUGCUCCGCGGCCUCACGUUCUAGGCCGUGAGCCGCGUGCGGAACUGGGCCUCGGCGGCCGUGGCGAAUCGGCGCGGGGCGGCAGCGGCGGGGCGGGCCCUGAGCACGCCCGGGAGACUCCGGGACCGAGCGGGAUGGACCCAGCGGUCUCUGCGGUCCGGCUGGCCGUGCGGGAAGCAGUGCACACCCUCUCCUCUUGUGAGGAUGGCGGCCGCGUCCUUUCCACCUUGGAGUCCCUGAAGCGGUAUCUCGGUGGAGCGGAGAACCCCGCCCUUGCCGGGCAGCAGGAGGAGUUCGCCAGGGCGCACUUCUCCGCCUUCCUCCGGUGUCUCGUGGGCAGGCUGAGCCCAGGCUGGCUGGAGCUUGUGGCUGGCGGCGCGCUGGAGGAGCUGUGGGCCAGCUUCUUCCUGCAGGGCCCGGCCGACCAGGCCUUCCUGGUGCUGAUGGAGUCCGUCGACGGUGCUGCCGGGCCGAGCUUCCGUCUGAUGAAGAUAGCACGGCUGCUGGCCAGGUUCCUGAGCGCGGGCAGGAUGGCCGCCGUGAUGGAGGGCCAGUGCCGCCGGCUGACCGAGCCGGCCUCCCCCCUGCUCCAGGAGACGCUCCUCACCCAGGUGGUGGGCUUGCCCGACCGCCUGGGCAACCGUCUGCAGCGGGAGAACCUGGACGCGUUCCUGCCCCAGAAUUACUUCCCCCUGCUCGGCGAGGAGAUCGUGCGCGCGCUGCAGGCGGUGGUGGCCUCUCUCCGAGAUGGCUGGGACUGCUCCGUGUCCUUCCUGUCGCAGGUGCUCGGGAAAGCCUGUGUCCACGGGAGGCAGAAGGAGAUGCUGGGCGUGCUGGUGCCGCGGCUGACGGCGCUCACCCAGGGCAGCUGCCUCUGGCAGCGGGUCUGCUGGCGCCUGGUGGCGCGGGUGCCCGACCGGGCCGUGGAGGCGCUGCUGACGGCACUGGUGGAGGCCGCCUCCGGGCCUGAAGUCCUCUCGCGGCUCUUGGGGAGCCUGGUGAUGAAAAAUAAGAAGGCCCAGUUCGUGAUGACCCGGAAGCUUCUGUUCCUACAGUACCGGUACUCGACACCCAUGCUGCAGAGCCUGCUGGGGUACCUGGCCAUGGACAGCCAACGGCGCCCGCUCCUCAUGCAGGCACUGAAGGCGCUUCUGGAGACGUGGGGCAGCUCCAGUGCCAUCCGCCACGCGCCUCUGGAGCAGCAGCGCUACCUCAGCAAGGCCGUGCUCAUCUGCCUGGCGCACCUGGGGGAGGCGGAGCUCCAGGACAGCCGAGACGAGUUGCUGGCUAGCCUGAUGGCAGGCGUGAAGAACCGCCUGGAUAGCAGUCUGCCCGCUGUGCGCCGUCUGGGCAUGAUUGUGGCCGAGACUGCCAGCGCCCGGCUCCACCCCGAGGGGCCGCCCCUGAGGUUCCAGUAUGAGGACGACGAGCUGAGCCGUGAAAUGCUGGCCCUGGCGGCCCCCCAGCCUGCGGCCGACAGCGCUUUGGAGGCAAGCCCUGCUGUCGCUCCAGAGCCUGCAGAGACUCCCGGCGGAGGGAGCGUGGGCGGUGGCAUCCCGCAGGCCCCACCCGAGGGCUCAGGCUCUGACUUGGACAGUGACGAUGAGUUUGUCCCCUACGACAUGUCGGGGGACCAGGAGCUGAAGAGGAGCAAGGCGCCCACCUACGUGCGGGACUGCCUGGAAGCCCUGACCUCGUCCGAGGAUUGGGAGCGCUGGGAGGCGGCCCUGCGGGCCCUCGAGGGCCUGGUCGUCAGGAACCCGGCUGCUGCACGCGAGGUGAGCGUGGAGCUGGCCAAGGUGCUGCUGCAUCUGGAGGAGAAGACGAGCGUGGAGGGCUUCGAGGGGCUGCGCCAGAGAGGCCUGGUGGCCGUCGUGGUCACAGACCCGGCCCCGGUAGCGGAGUAUCUGACCUCACAGUUCUACGCCCUCAACUUCAGCCUCCGACAGCGCCUGGACAUCCUGGACGUGCUGACUCUGGCCGCCCAGGAGCUGUCUCGGCCGGGCCGCCUCCCCAGGGCCCCUCGGUGUGGUCCCCCGGGCCCUGCCCCCCUGCCCAGCAGCCCCGUGGCUCCCGCGUGGCGCGCGGUCGUGGAAGAGCGGAUCAGAAGCAAGACCCGGCGGCUGUCGCAGGGCUCCGUCAGGAGGACACAGGACGCUGGCCCCAACCAGUUCAACACGGUGGCCGGCUACUUCUUCUUCCCGCUCAUUCAGCACUUCGACAGACCUCUGGUGACCUUUGACCUUUUGGGAGAAGACCACCUGGUUCUCGGGAGGCUGGCCCACACCUUGGGGGCCCUGAUGUACCUGGCUGUGAACACCUCGGUGGCUGUGCCCAUGGGCAAGGCCCUUCUGGAGUUCGUGUGGACUCUUCGCUUCCACGGUGACGCCUACGUGCGCCGGGGCCUGCUGUCCGCCGUCUCCUCCGUCCUCCUCAGCGUUCCAGCCGAGCGACUGCUGGCCGACCUGCCAGACGAGCUGCUGGAAGCCCGGCCCUGGCUGGCAGACGUGGCCGAAGGGGACGCAGAUGAGGACUGCAGGCUGCUGGCCGCCAAAGCCCUGCUGCUUCUGGAGAAGCUCAGAGACCGACUGCUCCCGCUCGCUUCUCCGUAGUCCUCGCUGGAGAGGGGGCCUCGGCCCUGCGUCCACCGACGGGCCACCUGAAUGUGGUGGGGGGGGUCCCAGGGAGGGAGGGGCUGCUGGGGCCCCUACGGGCUGAUUCUCAGUGUGUCCCCAAGCCCCUUCCUCACCGGAACGCAGAAAACUUUAAAAAGCAACAAAAAGGAAGAAUAAAAAGGAGCCACAGGUUCUCAGCCCCACUCCUCGGGGCUCCCACUGCUCCGGCAGGGUCUGCGGUGCCUCAGUGGGCCUCCCGAGGGGGACACGGCUUGGCAGCUGGUGGAACGGCUGGGGGCGGGAGAGCCUAAGGUCCCCCUGCCUGCACAGACGCGCCUCGAGGCCAGUUUCUCCCGGUGGGGGCUGGUGACGGGACGCCCAUGUGGACAGAGCCUCGUGCAGAGAACCCGCCCCCCGUCAGCCACCACGUCCCUGGGCAAGGCCGCCUGUGUCUGUUCCAGCGGACACCUCGCCUG